AUGCAUCCUGCACGCGCACUUUUAGAUAGUGCCUCCCAGCCAGAUUUGAUGAGUAGCCGUUUUACUAACCGGAUAGGUAUCAAAUCGGGCACGGUCGAUAUCACGCUGAUUGGUGCUGGUCAAUCGUCCACCCCGGUGCGGAAAUCGAUGCGCACCACGGUAUCAUCUAGAGCGAGCCCUUAUGCGAUUAACGUUGAGUUUUUGAUAGUCGAGAAGCUUAUUGCUGACCUGCCUGCACAUGAUGUGCCCACCAGCGGCUGGAAAUUACCGCCACAUAUCAUAUUCGCCGACCCCCAUUUCGAGAAGUCGGCACCGAUCGACAUUAUUCUCGGUGCCCGGCACUAUCACACGUUCUUUGUAAGCGGGGCGCAAUAUAAAAUGUCAUCGAAUCUACCAGUCCUGAUGGAGAGCGUAUUUGGCUGGGUCGUGAGUGGAUCAGCAUCUACCUCUCAGCCAGCAACAUCCAAUACUUUUCACACUUCAUCCGUGGUGUGUAUGGUUUCACUAGAAGAAUCAAUAGAGCGUUUCUGGAAAGUAGAAGAACUACAGGUUAACGAUGGCUAUUCUCCUGAGGAUCGCAAAUGUGAGCAAUUUUACAAGGAUACAAAACAGCGAGAUGAAGCUGGUCGUUAUAUGGUAUGCUUACCUAAACAAGCAGACUUCGAUGAUAAGCUUGGCCUUUCGAAGGCAGCGGCAUUAAGGCGGUUUAGUUUGUUAGAAAGGAGGUUAGAACGAGAUACAAACGUAAAAGCGGCGUACCAUGAUUUCAUGCGUGAGUAUCUGGAGCUUGGGCACAUGUCACGCAUAAAAAAUCCCUCCGACGACGAACGCGCGUAUUAUCUGCCUCACCAUCCCGUGUUCAAAGCCGCUAGCUCCACAACAAAGGUUCGCGUGGUAUUUGAUGGUUCAGCUAAGACGUCCACCGGCUUUUCGCUAAACGAGGCGUUAUGCGUCGGCCCUAUCGUGCAGGACGAUCUGCUCGACAUAAUUUUGCGCUUCCGCACAUAUAAGGUAGCCGUUGUUGGAGAUAUUGCGAAAAUGUAUCGACAAGUAUUGCUCCAUCCUAACGACCGGAAAUUUGUACGCAUUUGCUUUCGAUUUUCGCCUCACUCGCCAAUCGAAUAUUUUGAGCUGAAUACGGUUACUUAUGGCUUAGCCCCCUCAUCAUUCUUGGCAACCAGAACAUUGCUGCAGCUUGCAAACGAUGAGGGCGCCUCUUGUCCCAAUGCUGCAGCUGCUUUGAAAACAAACUUCUACGUUGACGAUUUCAACGGUGGUGCUGAUUCCAUCGGAAAUGCUCGCCAGUUGCGAAUCGAGCUUUCUCAAUUGCUCGCCAAAGGCGGCUUCGAGCUGCGAAAGUGGACAUCCAAUCAGCUCGAGGUGCUCGCCGGUUUAAAUGCGGAUCAAAUCGGCACACAGUCAGCGCGGCAAUUCUUACCACACGAGACGGUAAAGGCUCUUGGUGUUUCAUGGGAGCCAGAGCAUGACGUUUUAUCCUUCGAAUCAGCAAUAUCCAGUGAUGUGUCCAUUCCGACAAAGCGAUCCAUUCUAUCCAACGUAGCUCGCAUGUUCGAUCCGCUGGGCCUGAUCUCCCCGAUUGUCAUUCGGGCCAAGAUGAUGAUGCAGGAAUUAUGGUUUCAGAAAGCUGGUUGGGACGAGUAUGUUCCAGAUACUAUCUGUAAGAAAUGGAAAACAAUACAAGAGGAUUGGCAACUCAUCUCUAAAUUCAAGGUUAGUCGUUAUGCGCUUCUACCUGUUGCGCGUAUUCAGCUACAUACCUUCUGUGAUGCAUCGGAGGCAGCAUAUGGAGCCUGUAUUUAUGCGCGUUGUGAAGGCGAAGGUGGGCAGAUUCGCAUAACGUUGCUUUCUUCCAAAUCGCGUGUGGCACCGCUCAAGCGCGUCACCCUACCCCGCCUUGAACUAUGCGCUGCUGUAUUAGGAGCACACCUGCAUCACCGAGUAAAGAAGGCGAUGGGGAUCAACGUUGCAGAAUCUUUCUUUUGGUCGGAUUCCACCAUCACCUUAACCUGGAUCAGCGCCACACCCAACACAUGGGCAACGUUUGUGGCUAACCGGGUAUCUGAAGUGCAGCAUUACUCACACCCGCGGCAGUGGAGACAUGUACACGGCGCGUCUAAUCCUGCUGACCUGGUUUCACGAGGUAUGUCAGCCGCUGAUUUCCUGAAAAGCAAACUGUGGAGCUUCGGUCCGGAUUGGCUAUCUUUGCCCGCUUCCAUCUGGCCCAACUCUAACCCGGAACCAGCCAACGAAACGAAUCUAGAGAUUCGCCAGCUACAAGCGAUUGCUGCGUAUCGUAUCAUACUGCAUUCGCUUCACACGUAA